AGCCACCCGUGCCCGCAGCCGCGCGCGGCCGAGCCGCCAGCCCCCGGCCCGCCGUAAUGAACGCGGACAUGGACGCUGUGGAGGCUGAAAACCAAGUGGAACUGGAAGAGAAAACCCGGCUAAUCAACCAGGUCCUGGAGCUGCAGCACACUCUGGAAGACCUAUCAGCACGAGUAGAUGCUGUUAAAGAAGAAAACUUGAAACUGAAAUCAGAAAAUCAAGUUCUUGGACAGUAUAUAGAAAAUCUUAUGUCUGCAUCUAGCGUUUUUCAGACAACUGACACAAAAAGCAAACGGAAGUAAGGGGUUGGUUCCCAAGUGGUGGCACUGUAUUGCGGCUGUUUUUUGUUUUAAUUGGCAUAGGCUACAUGAGCUAAAAUACCUUAGUGUGUGGCUUUCUUGGGUAUAUGAAGAUUAACUGCAGUGAUAGGCAGAAUUAAGAACAUUAUCAUAAACCGGAGACAUGAGUUUGUGUGGUGUUAGACUUUGAACAAUGUGCAGAUGUAGUGUAGAGACUUUAUAACUAGACUUGCAUAUUUAUGUUUCAGAAAUCAGCAAUGAGCAUGUCUUGUUAACUGAAUCCAGUUUUAGUCAGGUGAAGCAAACCUGUCUGUCAGCUGCCUCGACAGUUUUAGGGUACUGUUCUUGACUAGCAAAAUAAUGCACUGUUGUAUAAAAUGGUACUGAAACCAUAUUCCAAACGAAUUCUUAAACCUACUUUGCACCACCUUUACUUCAUCUCAGAAAAAACAAGUUUUAGCGAACAUUUUAUGAUGCUAUCCAUAUCCCUCUUAGGGAGAACAAAAAGUAUGGUGUGUGUAUUUUUUGUUGGUUUGUUUUUAUUUUAAACACAAUAAGGUUCUCUGUGAAUAAAUAAAGACACGACCUUUACUUUGCAGGGUUUGUGGUUCUGGUAGUUUACGUAGAUUUUUGUUAGGCUGAAAACAUUGAGCCCAGUUAGUAAAAUGCAACAUUUUUGUUUUGUUUUGUGAAUGCUGCAUUACUGUGAUAAAACAAACUCUUUACCAUGUGUAAUAUGGUUUCUACAUUUCAAACCAGUUUCUCUUCCCCAGUUCUCUGUAUCCCAAAGAAGUGUCAAGGACUGCACCACCGUGUCUGGUCUUUAAAAAGUUUAUAUUUGAGUUAAGUAUUAAAGGAUCAUGAAAAUACUUUGAAUAGUAAGCUUGGUAGAAAAAUCUGCUCACACUUUGAACAAUAGUUCAUCUUACUCUUCUGGAAGAAUUUGCACUGAGGAACUGAAGAUCAAACCUUUCUUCAGCUCCUGCUCUUUACCCAUCCUCUGAAGUGCCAGAUUUCUCUGUACUUCUUGCCUUCUAGCUGCUACUUCUGUUACGACACUGGGGCAGAUUGCCAGAGCUAGAAGUGAUUGGCUGGUGCCUGAUCACUUUCUUUUCACUGGCUUCUAUGUCUCUAUGGCAACUUCCAAUUCCUGCCCUGGUGUACUUUCAUGCUACUAGGAAGGGGUAGAAAUUGGCAUUUGUAACACAUGGUGGAGACCAUUUAUGGCAGUAGAAAAUAGUGGAUAUUGGUCCUGUGUAGAUAAGUUCUCAACUGUGGCUACAGCCAGAAAUAGUCUAGCUCUGACUAGAGCAAGCAACUUAAUAUCCAAGUCAGCUCCCAUAUUUAAAGGUAGAGGUAUUACAUACCAAUUAAUAUUUGUAAAAACCCUUUGAAGACAAGAGUACUAUAGCUAUAUUAUAAAAACACUUUCUGACUCGCCUCCCAAUUUAAUAAGUAUCCAACUUUUAAGUCAUCAGUUUGAAACUAAUUACUUUUCUAAAGCCCUGUUUGGACUAAAAUUGAACUGAAGCCAGAACUAAAUGGUUUCUAGCAAACUGAGUAGUUAAAAUAUAUCAGCAGCGGUUUCUAUGUACAGUUGUGUUAAAUGCUUUGUUCUUAGAACUGUAAGUCAGUGAAUUAAUGGCAAAAACAUUUCCACUGUAGCUCAGUAUUAAGAGUGAAAACACAAAACUGCAAAAGUGGUAAUACUACAUAUUAUCAGCGUUGCGAUUUGCAUUAUUCUCAUCUGCUAGCAUAGCAAGCCAGUUGAUUUCUUGUAUUUUUAUUGAUGUUACCUAGACAGUCUUAAAGGUUUCUCUUGUUAAGCAGUAAAAGGGCUUAAUUGUGAAGGCUACAUUUUAUCACUGCUGUACUAAAUUCUGUAAAUUGAAGUGGGGAAAGAAAAAACAAAGGAAUUCUGAUUGGGUGAGUGGAUGUAAUGGUAAAGAAUUAAAACUACUCAAAAGUUUGAGAUUCCUUGAUAGCUAAAAACUAGACUUGAACAGCAGCACUGUAGUGGCAUAGAACUACUCAUGAGCUAGAUUUUUUUGAAUGAGACAAGGCUCUAACCUUUCCCAUCCAAAAGUGUAUUUAAAAGUUACUUCACUACUUAUUUAUUGCAGCUCAGAUGCACAGAUUGCAGUAAGCAGGUUAUUCAAUAGUAAAACAUUUGUCUCUUGAGUCCUGUUCAUAAUUAAGAAACAGUGUACUCUGACCCUAUUACAAAAAACAGAUAAAUGUAUAGUGGAUAGGACCUAACCUGCCCAAUUGUUUAUAGGAUUGUGUCGCAUACACCUAUAAUAUAAGUAUCAUAUAAAUUUAAUUUAUCCUCCUCUUACCUAUUCAAAACUUUGCAAACACUCCCAAAUACUGGUAGUAAGUAGGGAUUAAUCUGGCUAAUGGCCUACCUGUCCAAUGUUUGGGUAUAAAACAACACCCAUGAUAUUCAUUUGAGGUUUGUUUUUUUUUUUAAACAAAAACAAAAGCAGCUAUUAAGUUUUGCUCCUUUCACUUAAAAGCCAUGUCAGUACAUUACCAAUUUGCAUAGUAGAAGAUAUCCACCAUUGCCAAAUGGUAAUGGGGCAUUCCGUUGUUAGACUUGAGCUACUCUCCUAAAAAAAAAAAAAAAAAAAAAAAAAUCAAGUAAUCUCAAAACCAUUUUUGUAUUGUUAACCCUGAUAGUGAUAUUUUAGCCAUAUGUAUAUAGUAGUAGUCAUUUCAACCAGCUGUAAACAUUUUGCAUCUCACUGUGGCCUUUGUUUAAUUUAUGAACAUUUUAAAACUUGUAUUUCUGACUUUACACUAAAUAAAAGCUUUUGAUUGGU